GCCGGGAAACUCCCGUGGAAGACGGAUAAGGCGGAAGUUCGCAACGCUUGUAGACAAAAGGGAGGACGAGGUUAGGUGGAAUCGAGUGAAAAAGACUGAAAAUGCUGGAAGAGUUGGUGAAGGAGCGACUGGUGGCGGUGGCCGAUGAAAUAUUGGCGCUGUUGGAAAGAACCAUGCCGUCCUACGAGGAGGAACUUCCUCCAACGAGAGAGGAGAAGGGGCGACACGGACGACAACAGGAAGCUGUUGGCAAGACUCACGUUGUGUUCCACGGCGAAGACAUCACACACACACACACACACCCACGAUCUACAAAGGAGACAGUGUCCUGUUAUUUGGAAACAAGUCAAUAAAGCCAUCAAAGGGAGAGAAGUUGCUGCGUCUUCUUUGACCGGAGGAUUAGGCCAUCUUAUACACAGCCAGCGUAUCAUCACCGAAGCUGUUCCCUUACAGAGAUGGUUGAACUCGGACUUCCAGCAGCUGAUUGGUCAUCAAGAAGAACCCCCCAUUGAGCGGCAUGGAGGGAGGUCCACGUUGAAGCAGGAGGACCACCAGCCCCCCCAUGUGAAAGAGGAAGAGGAGGAGCUCUGGGUCACUCAGGAGGAGAGGGGGGCUGGCAUCCCUGACAGCAUUGAAGACCAUGAAGACGAGCCACCCGAGUUCUCACAGCUUCAUCACAGUCCAGGUGAGGAGAAAGGAGAGGCGGAGCUUCCAGGCAGAAACCACGGUGGAGGAUCAGCGCUAAAAACACUGAAAGAGUUGGUGAAGGAGCGAUUGAUGGUGGCGGCCAAUGAAAUAUUGGCGCUGUUGGAAAGAACCAUUGCCUCCUACGAGAAUGAACUUCCUCCAACUCCAGAGGAGAAGGAGCGACAUGGGCGACAACAGGAAGCCGCUAGCAAGACUCUCGUUGUGUUCCGUGGUGAAGACGUCCAGCAGAUCAUUGGUUGUCAAGAAGACUCUCCCCUUCCAAAGCACGAGGAGCCCCAGCCCCCCCAUUUGAAAGACGAAGAGGAGGAGCAGUGGGUCACUCAGGAGGGGGAGGAGGCUGAUCUUGCCACGUUGCCACUGACCGUCAUCUCUGUGAAGACCGAAGAGCAUGAAGACAAACCACCUCGGUCUUCACACCCUCAUGGAGACCACUGUGGAGGAUCCCCAGCAGACAAGCGCUUAGCUCCGCUAUCAGAUAGCGAUGGAGACCACCGUGGAGGAUCCCCAGCAGACAAGCGCUUAGCUCCGCUAUCAGAUAGCGAGCACACCAUGUCACGCGUGCCAACGCGCACAGGAGAAAAGCCUUUUAGUUGCUCCGUUUGCGAUAAAAGAUUCUCAGUCAAAAGAAACAUGCUCUCGCACACGAGAAGGCAUACUAAUGAAAAACUCUUCAGUUGCUCAGACUGUGGUAAGAAGUUCUUCCAGAAGGUCCACAUGCUAUUACACAUGAGAACGCACACAGGAGAAAAACCUUUCAGUUGCUCAGACUGUGGUAAAAGCUUCACUCAAAAGGUGAACAUGCUGGCGCACAUGAGAACGCACACUGAGGAGAAACUCUUCAGUUGUUCGGACUGCGGUAAGAAGUUCUUCCAGAAGGUUCACAUGCUGUCGCACAUGAGAACGCACACGGGGGAAAAGCCAUUCAGCUGCUCGGACUGCGGAAAGAGCUUCACCCAGAAGGUCAACAUGCUCUCACACAUGAGAACACACACGGGAGAAAAACCUUUCAGUUGCUCAGACUGUGGGAAAGCUUUCUCUCAUCAGGCCCACAUGAGAACGCACAUGAGAACGCACACAGGAGAAAAACCUUUCAGAUGCUCUGCAUGCGGUGAUGAAUUUUCUCGGAAGUCGUCUUUGAACAGACACAUGCAGAGCCACUGAUGGCUGGCGUCUUGGUGAUGCCCGGUUUGACUGCCGACAUUGAAUGCAACACCUGAUGUGUCCUUGCAAUUAUUGUCGUGCGGCAUGUCCGUCCAUCUGGAUGGCAACUUCUUCAUGUACUUUGUUAGCUUCGGUUGCUGUGGUUUAUCUUGCCAGCUAAUAAAGACUUCAGGAAAUACUCGGGGAUAGAAAGAGUACGUGAAGGUACCUUGAGGGCGCUCUGCUGGGAACCUUCUCAAAGCCACGAGCGGAUAGCGCUCACGCACACGCCAGAUAGCACUCUUCCACCUACAUGGCGCUGAGAGCGCUUUGGCACUGUUUAGCGACGGAUGACGCAGGAGCACCUGGGCUUCACUGGAUACUGCCACAUCAUCACAGAGGAUGGAUCUCUACCACUGGGCCGUGCCGCACUUGAUUGGCAUGAGCUCGAGCCAGUUCGAUCCACAGAGGGCAAGGGUACCGCCCCUGCGUGGGUGGGACCUCCCAGUCUGAGGCUUUAAACCCUCAUUCCCUAGGGGGUGCGAGACCUUCCUCCCUCGUGGAUGAAGCAGGGAGAGGAAGAUGAAGAUAUCAAUCAAUUAAACUUCUCCAGGCUCAAUUCAAAGAAUUGAAUUCACGUCGCCAUCCCCACUUGACUUCAAGGUGGUGCUAAUGCACACCAAAAGUGGCCGACCGUUUAAAGACCACCGAAGAAGAAGAGAAGCGGGAGGAGGGGUCAGGCUCCAUCGCUUGUGCUUUCCGUAGCGCACCCCCCCACCCCCAAAGUUUGCCCUUUAUGAGGAAAGAGCGGCAUACAUUCUCAGCAAACCCUGCGAACGUGAAAGACUGCUCCUUCCAACGCCCACCGGAUGGAAUGAAGAUAGAACACAGAAUGUGGAGCGAUGCUAACUGCUAUGCUAACAUGGCGACAUCCAGUCAAAGACGACCACAGUCACCGACUCCCAGCAAACCAUCAACGGAGAAAAAGCCCCAAAAGCCACAUGACAGUGAGCGACUUGAACUUUCCAACAAGCUCUUAUUGGAUGCUUCAUCUUAAAGGCCACAGGAAAAUCAUGAGAAGUUAGCCGACCUUGUUGACAAAAGCGAAGAGCCGCCAUGAUGGUUAGCUUGACGGAGGCAGCAGAGUUCCAUGUGAAAGACAAAUGAAGAAAUUAUUUGAUUGCUAUUUUGCGUCCAAGGAUCACCUCUCCUAUGCUCCAGGAAAGUCAGCGAGGCUAUUGCCUCAGUUUACUAUCAAAAGAAGAGAUGGCGCACUACAUAAAAAACAGCGUAUAAACUUAAACUGAAGAGGUGCAAAUAAUAUUUUGGGAGUAAAUCAUUCUUGUGGAUGCAUGAGAAAAGUCAGAAGGCGCACACAAUUAAAAUGUUUGCUUGCUUUUGCAGUA